AUGGUACACCAUACAUCUUUACAUGUAGUCAAGUAUCCAGUUAGAAUAGAGUCUCGUAUACGGGAUGUUUAUCAGCAUUUAGGUAUUGGAAGGAAUGAUAUUACAUGCAUGAUAGGGAUAUUUGGAGCUGGUGGAAUCGGUAAGACAACUAUUUCAAAAGAGAUCUAUAACAUGAUUUCUUCUCAAUUUGAAGGGAGUUGUUUUUUGAAAGACUUUAGAGAAACUUCAAAGCAAGCAAGUGGUCUAAUUCAAUUGCAAAACAAACUUCUUUAUGAAAUCUUAAGAAUAAAUAUGGAUGUUCGUGAUAUUGAUAGAGGAAUCAAUGUGAUUCGGCAUAGAUUUCGCUCUAAAAGAGUUCUCCUCGUUCUUGACGAUGUGGAUGAGUUAGUCCAACUAGAAAAUUUAACUAGUGAUCGUAAUUGGGUUGGGUUGGGAAGUAGGAUUAUCAUAACAACAAGAAAUCGACAUUUACUAAAUAACCCUAAAUCUGAUUCAGUAUAUGAGGUGGAGAUAUUGGACGACAAUGAAGCUCUUCGACUCUUUAGUAGGCGUGCUUUUGAGGAAGAAGAACCGAUUGAAAAUUAUGUAGAACUCUCUAAAAAAGUAUUGCAAUAUGCUCAAGGCCUUCCACUAGUUCUAUCAAUUUUAGGUUCGGAUCUAAAAAGUCAAAGUUUACAUCAAUGGGAAAGUGCAUUGGAUAAGUAUAGAAAAACUUCCAACGGAAAUAUUCAAAAAGUACUUGAAACAAGUUAUGAUGGGUUGGACAAUAAUGAGAAGAAUAUGUUCCUUGAUAUUGCAUUUUUCUUCAAAGGAGAACUCUUGGCUAAUGUCAUAAAAAUAUUUGACAGUUGUGGUUUUUCACAAGAUGAUGGUAUCAACAGGCUUAUAGACAAGUGUCUUAUUACUGUUGAUAGCGAUGCAUUGUGGAUGCAUGACGUACUGCAAGAUAUGGGUCAGGAAAUUGUUAGACUACAAUCACCCAAAGAACUUGGUAAACGCAGUAGAUUGUGGUUUCAUGAGGAUGUUCAUCAUGUGUUAGAAGAAAGUACGGGAACAAACAAAGUUGAAGGCAUAGUAAUAGAUUUGCCCGAUGGCAAAGACAUGAUAAACUUGGGUUCAGAUGCAUUUUUACCAAUGAAAGGACUUAGAGUUUUUAUAAAUCGUAAUGCACAUUUUUUUGAAGGGCCUAAUUAUCUCUCUAAUGAGUUAAGAGUACUUGAUUGGUUUGAAUAUCCUAUGCAAUCUUUACCACCCAAUUUCAAUGGAAAGAAACUAGUCAUCUUUCGAAUGUGUGAUAGCUUGGUCAUGGAGUUAGGCCAGAGAUUUAAGAACUUGAGAACUAUGGAUCUCAUUGAUUGUAAAUUCUUAACGAAGAUUCUAGAUCUUUCAAAUUGCUCUAACCUCUCAAUAUUUCCAAGAAGCCUCAAGUUGAGAUCUCUACAUAAGCUUAAUUUUAACGGUUGCACAAGUUUUCGUAAUUUUCCUGAAAUCGAGGGUAACAUGGAAAAUUUACGUACAUUACAUGUAGAGGGCACUGCAAUUGAAGAACUUCCUUUACGAAAUCUAGUCGAGCUUUCUGUUUUAAAGCUAACAAGAUGCAAAAAACUUGUUGGUCUCCCAGCUUGCAUUCUUGUUUUUCAAAAUAUUUUAAAUUUUGGAAGGAUGGAUAACAGACAAUCUGUUGUGGCUAUUGAGCAUACAACAAUGGAAGAUGAGAUCAUAUCAUCAAGUGAAGAACAGCUCCAUGAAUUGCAACCUCCAGCAAAUUCAAGCAAUGGGAGCACUUCAUUACAAGUGUUGAAUCUUCCAAAUUGUUGCCAAUCAGAAUCAAAUUUGUGUCCAUUGUCAAAUUUGUUUACAAUGUUUAAUUCCAAGGCCAUUUUGUAUCAAUUAAUUGUGUUUAAUUGUACAAUUGUUAGCCUUCCCACUCGCAUCAAAGGAUUUGUCAAACUGACUUUUCUUGAUUUGCGCCAUUGCAAGAAACUUGAAGAAAUAUUAGAACUUCCACCAAAUAUAAAGAAACACUCUGUGAGUUGGCUUCGUGGUUCACGGCAUAUUGAUCUGUCCCUCUCGGCAUCAUCAUCUCGGUAG